AGGCCCGCAGGGAUGCUUGGAGUGGUGCUAUGACCGCAAGGCUGCAGCCUUGUAGAAGGAGUCAGAGCUAACCCCACAUCCCUCCCCCCAGCCCACUCCCAACAAUUGUUGUGAUGGACUGUGGGAGCUGGAGGAAAGGCUGUCAUUUCUGAGUGGAGAUUCCUGCUCUUAAGAUAAGAUAGCACACACGCGCACAAGCCGACUUAUUGGAAACACUACACUGCAGGUUACAGUUUCCUCUGCCCUGCUGAUGCCAGGAGGAACAUAUGUGGAGUUAAGUAUGAAAAAUGGCCACACAUGAAAUGAAGAUUUAUCUAGCUCAGGAAGAUGGCAUGCGCCUCUCGCCAACCAGCAUGCAUUAAGACCAGAUGUGGAUUUGAGGAGGCAGAAUAUGUUCCAUGGUAUUUGUCGGGGAAAUAGAGAGUCUUAAUUCUCGGGUUUGACUCUUGCACCCCGUGGCUGAUCCCUUGUGUGUGUGCAGUGGGCUCGCGUGCAGGCGGACAGCAGGAGCAGCCCCUCUCCCAUGCUGAGGGAAAGUUCACUAGUGAGCUAGAGGGAGGGCUCAGCGCCGGCUCCUCCACUUUAAGUCCCGCCCUGCAGCACAGCCCUAUCAGUUUCUCUCUCAUGGAGUGGAGCCCCCACUGCUACAUGGGACCAAAGCUUCUCUUAGGAGUCGAGCAAGGAGGUUUGACGUGCCCCGUCCCAGGGAGACGCAUCUUGCUCCCAGCGUUUAGAUGCAUAAGGGGAUAAGUUCGCCGACACUUUCGCGGUUACUCUCUCGGGCCUACACUGUCCAUGACAUUCCCACUGCCAGGCUGGACUGAAGCGAGUGGGCUUUAAAAGUGACCACUCUGUUAAUGCGCUGACACUGGAACCUUACCCUAGACAAGAAUGACUCUGCUGGGCUCCGAACACUCUGUACUGAUUCGCAGCAAGUUUAGAUCAGUCCUGCAGUUGAGGCUCCAGCAGAGGAGGACACGAGAGCAGUUAGCAGACCAGGGCAUCAUGCCUCCCCUGAAGAGUCCGGCUGCAUUCCACGAGCAGAGGAAAAGUCUCGAACGAUCCAAGACUGGAGAUUAUUUAAAGCAUAAAAUCAGAAGUAGACCAGAGAAGUCGGAGCUGGUCAACAUGCGUAUUCUACAAGACUCGGCCAGCGACGGCUCCGCUCAAGACCCGCAGACCAAACUGAAGCGCGCCAGGCUCGCUGAUGACCUUAACGAAAAGAUUGCUCUGAGACCAGGGCCUCUGGAACUGGUCGAAAAGAACAUCAUUCCUGUUGAUUCCACUGUUAAGGAGGCGGCUCUGAAAGUGAAUCAUGGGAAGUUUCCCAAGCAGGAGGAUUCGUAUGCGUUUGAAGAGGACAGCAGCAGUGAGAGUUUGUCUCCGGAGCAGCCCCUCAGUGACGAGUCCCAGAGCUCAGCCGGACCCUUAGCAGAAACCAAGACAAGCGUCCCCUCCCCCUCGCUGACCAGCCCUGCACAGGGUUCACAAACAAGAGAAAAUACUACUCAAAACCAAGAAGAAAAUGCCACUACUACAAAUUGCCAGGCAGCUCCACCCAUACCAGUGCCAGCAAUCAUCAAGAACAAAACAUCAGACAAGAACCGUCACAAGAAGCCCAAAGACAUCAAGCCGAAGGUGAAAAAGCUUAAGUACCAUCAGUACAUCCCACCGGAUCAGAAGGCAGAGAAGUCUCCUCCUCCCAUGGACUCGGCCUACGCUCGGCUCCUGCAGCAGCAGCAGCUUUUCCUCCAGCUGCAGAUCCUCAGCCAGCAAAAGCACCAGCAGCAGAACCACUCUCAUCAGCCGCAGUGCGCACAGAGCCAGAGCUUCAGCUACCAGCCUCUGCACCAGCAUCUCUCAAACAAGCAAACAAAUGAACAGCACACACCAUGCAGUUCCAGUGGUGCCACCAGCACACCCAGCAGCAGCUCCUCAUCUCCCGUGAAGACCACUUACUGCAGCCCAUCCAACGUCACUCCAGUCAGACCAGGGCCUUUGCCUGCUAACCUGGAUGACCUCAAAGUGUCUGAGCUCAGGCAGCAGCUGCGAAUACGAGGUCUCCCAGUGUCUGGCACUAAGACAGCUCUCAUAGAAAGGCUGAGACCCUAUAAAGACCCGAGCUCAAGCUCUCCCUCCGGCUCUGGAGACAUCACUACCGUUACGUUCCCGGUGACGCCCACUGGCUCUCUCUCCUCGUAUCAGUCUCCCAGUUCCUCUAGUGCCAUGUCCCAUGGGGGUGGCUACUACCCUUUCUGUAGCACCAGCUCCACCCCACCCAUCUCUCCUGCAUCCUCGGAGCUGUCUGUCAGUGGGUCCCUGCCAGACAGCUUCAGUGACGUCACCAUGUCCUCACCUCAGUUCGGCCUCCAGCCAUCACCAGCUCAGCUGAGUGCCGAUGAGGGCCAGAAUCUGGCUGCUGGCCUGAGCGGGGGUUGCCUGCAUGGGGACGCUCCAGCAGGCCUGGAAGCUGAGAAGGACAAGAUGCUGGUGGAGAAGCAGAAGGUGAUUGAGGAACUGACGUGGAAACUGCACCAGGAGCAGCGGCAGGUCGAAGAGCUGAGAAUGCAGCUGCACAAGAGGAAGCAUGGCCAUGGACUGCAGGACCCGCAGGCUGGACCCCGGCCACCAUCACAGCACUCGCUGCACCUCCAGCCCCCAGGCCAUAUACAGCAGCACUUCUUUGGAGGGGUGUCUGUCAAGCAGGAGCACGUGACCUCCAGCUGUCCGCUGUCUUCAAAACCGCUGAAGACCACGUCCCCCAACAGCUGCAUGGAGGGCAUGGGCCACUGUGGAAUGAGCGGUGGGCUCCGGAGUUUGGACGUGCCCUCCUCUAGAAGCCCCUCUGGCCUGUCGGCCUACCUGAGCCCUCAGUGUUCGCCCCAAGACUCGCCAGUCACCAAAAGCUCCAGCAGCCCGCAGCCCAACAGCCUGCCAUCUUCUCCCAGCCACCAGUACCUGCUCACCCCUCCUCUGGGCAGGGACAGCUGCUCGCACCCUCUGCCUCACAGUGGAGCCAGGCCACAUCCCAUGCAGCUCACACAGAAGAAUGUUGCCCCAUCCGUGAGCUGUUCCUACGCACCUGACCAAAGAAGCCUGCAGCCAGUGUACCCAAGCAAUGCCGAGAAUAACUUAAACCCCCGAGGGUCUUCCAAGGCCAAGAGCCCAAACAUGCAGCAAAAGCAAAUGGCAAGGAGCCAGCAGAUGGACGAACUUCUUGACGUCCUUAUUGAAAGUGGAGAAAUGCCAGCUAACGCCAAAGAGGAGAGGUCCCCUGUAACCAAAGUUGUGCCUCACCUUACAGUUUCGCCCAGCAGCAAUGGUGCCACGCCCAUCCCAAAGUUCCACAGACACUACAGCCACAUGUCGCCCUCUCAGAUGCCAUACGAUCACACUGCAGGUCACGGGGACUGCCACCUGGAGGUCCUGCUGAGCAGCCCCAUGAGCCGACAGGGUGACAUCAUUCCACUGAAGAUGGGCGUCGAGGAGGGCCAGCUGGAGGAGGUGAGCGAGGGCUUCCCAGGCCAUCACCAUGACGACAAGUUGUUAAGCAGCCGUGACAUGAUGGACACGCCUUUGUCCCCUAUGGCCACCAAAGUUUCACCGGUGCCUGUUGAUAGCCAAGGGCUCGGGAUGACAUUUACCGAGUCGCCGUGGGAGACCAUGGAGUGGCUUGACUUGACCCCGCCGAGCUCAGCCACGGCGUUCAACAGCAGCAUGCCCCCGGCUGGACCCAGCAUUUUCAACACAGAAUUCUUGGACGUGACGGACAUCAACUUGAACUCUGCCAUGGACUUGCACCUAGAGCACUGGUGAAGUUGACCAGAGACCUCCAAAUACACAAGAAUCCAGCUAGAUAAAGAUCACUAUACCAAAGUAAUGCCAAGCACUUCACAUGCAGAAAAAACAUGCAGAUAUCUCACAGAGCACACAAUCAACAAGCGCACAAACAGCAGGAUAACAUAAGGUUUGAGCUGACCCAGUCAAAUGUCAAUAAGUGCAUAGGACAUAAUCAAAGUUGCCUUAAUGAAAAAUAUAUUUUUCCUACAGUAUCAUGACUGUAUAAUGUUUAGUUGGUCCAUCAAAACUUGAAAAUCUUUUGGACUAUGCAUGCUGGGAAAGAAGGUUUUGCUAUUACUGGAAACAGGAAAAAAACUACAAACCAAAUCGAUUAGAUCUACACUAAAUUCACUAGCGUUUGCAAUCCAUUUGUAAAUAUUACACCGUGCUGGUGUUCUACACGUUCAUGGUGUGGGGAAACACUUCUGAAGUGUUCACUAAAAUGAAACUUUCACCACAUGUAUUCUAAUGUGCUAUUGUAAAUAUACAUUAAUGCUCAC